UUACAUACAUGAUUCAUGUUCGGCUAAUCAGAUGAAGGAGAGAUCUAAUAAUAUUGUAGUAAAUAUCGUUGAAGGGGAGACAUCUACUAGACAAAUGGAGCUUGAUCUUAAUGACUAUCUGGCCACAGGAUGGCGAUGUUCGGCUCAUGCUAUUGGCCCGGGUGUUUUUGUGGUGAGGUUUCCUAAUCCCAGGGUUGUAGCUCAGAUUUGUUAUGUGGGUCACACUGUACUUAAGACGAGCGGUGUUGUUAUUAAUGUGACUAAGUGGUCUUCAGCUGUUGGGUCUAAGGGGGUGAUGGAAGUGGCCUGGGUUAAGAUUAGUAAUGUUCCUCUGGAUAAAAAAAGUGAGAGAAAUAUGGCUUAUGUUGCUUCCUUGGUACGUGUUCCCUUGGAAAUCGAUAGUGCAACCUUACACCGUCGUGCCUCUGCUAGGGUGAAGGUUAGGUGCAGAAAUGUUGAUGAUAUUCCUUCUGUAGCUGAGGCUGUUCUAGGGGAGCAUUUUUAUGAUUUCUAUUUUGAGGUGGACCAGGUUCUGGUGAAAGAUCCUAAUAGGGGUGAAUUCCUUCUUAGCUCUGUGAGGAGCAAUGAUAAGGAAAAAAGUGAUGAUAUUGAUACUAAUGUGAAUAAGAAACCUAGAAAUGAUGAAAUUCCCAGGGGGACUGUGGAGGAAAAAAAUGAUAAUAUUCAGACUGGGAAAAAAAAGCAACUCCAAGAAUCCCAAGAGAGCAUAGAAUCUGAUGUUUCCUUGCAUACUUCACUAUUGAUUGAUUCUAUGGCUAUGGAUUUUAUGGAAGAAGAGAAACAUGUAAGUAUUAAAUGUUUGGGAGGUGAUAUAAAUGAAAAAUUGAUAUCUCCUGAAAAUAAUAAAAGAAUCCUUUGCUGAUAUGGUGAGGAUUACUCCUCAGGUGGUAUAUGUUGAUGCUGAGAUGGGUGAAUUUGAUGUUGGAAAGGUGGAAUAUAGGGUGGAAUCUCCUGAUACUGCUGUGGAAGUGGAGGUGAUUCCUACUCCUCCCCUGGCUACUGAGGAGAAUUUGAGAUUCAGUCUCCGUAAUGUGCAGAGUAAGAUGGAUGAUGUCCAGCUGAAGGCUGCUGCUGCUGUCAAGAAAAGGAAUGUGGAAGGGUUAUUAACAGGGAAGGACAAACUGGCGCUGGAGCGGGGGGCGAAGAUGCUGAAGAGGAAUGCGUUGAAUCCGCUGGGGAUCUGUGCGGCCCCGAAGGAGGAUUGCUGAUGGCGUAGCUUAUUCUGGUUAUCUUGGGGUGCUGGUGAGAUGUUCGGUUGUUUUGUUGGCCUCCCUGCGUGGAGUGGUUUCAGGCGAUAUCCUAUGUUGUUUGUUUUCUGGAGAUUCCUAGACUUAUUUGGAUGGUUUAGUGCGUAGUAUGUGUGUUCUUGGGUUUUUGCCCUACGGUAGGCUGUUCGAUGACGAGUGCCUAUGUGUAGGUUUCCCAAGAAUGCUUUGAACUCG